CUAUAACCGUGCGGACGCUUAAAUACCAAAGCGAUACGUGAUUGGUCGCCGUGGCAUGCCGGGAAAUGUAGUUUUUAAUAAAGCACCGUGUGUACGUAGCGUGUGCGUUCUCACUACAACUCCCAGCGAGCCUCGGGGUUUAUGAGGGUUUGACCUCCCGGAGCCAUACUUCCCGCCCCGGCCAUUGUUGCUGGUGAGCGGAGAGCAGGAGGGAAUGAGUGAGACCGAGGACUGUGGGAACCAGACGUGCUCCGGGUGUCCCAGUGUAGAGCAGAUGCUGGCGUCGAGUCCUGGGAAGACCCCCAUCAGCUUACUGCAAGAAUAUGGGACUCGGGUAGGAAAGACCCCCGUGUAUGACCUACUCAAAGCUGAAGGACAAGCCCAUCAACCCAACUUUACCUUUCGUGUAUCUGUUGGUGACAUCAACUGUACUGGUCAAGGACCUAGCAAGAAGGCAGCGAAGCACAAGGCAGCAGAGGUGGCUCUCUCCCUACUCAAGGGCAGAGAUAUGUUUGGAGCAGUUAUCGAGGAGAACUGUAGUACCACAUACAAAGAGGAACCUCCUGCAGAAGUAACAAUAAAGACUGAGGACUCUUCACCUCCACCAAUCUCAAGAAAUCACAGUGUUGAUAUGAAGCCACCCUUGUCUGCACAGCAGUCAGAGUGUAAUCCUGUUGGGGCCCUGCAGGAGCUGGUGGUGCAGAAAGGCUGGAGACUUCCAGAAUACACUGUAACACAAGAAUCUGGACCAGCACACAGGAAAGAGUUCACCAUGACCUGUCGGGUGGAGCGGUUUUUGGAGAUUGGCAGUGGCACAUCAAAGAAGCUGGCAAAAAGGAAUGCUGCGGCCAAGAUGCUUCUGCAGAUUCAUAGGGUACCCACAGAACAUCGGGAGAAUGGUGAACCAGAGCCUGAAGAAGACCAGUUUUCUAUGAAUACAGGAGGAGGAAGACUUGAUGGAAGCAGAGGUCGAGGUUUAGCCUGUACGUGGGACUCUCUGCGCAAUUCAGCUGGAGAAAAGAUCCUUCACCUUAGAAGUCAUCCACUUAAUAUCCUUAAUUCUGGCUUCUGUACCCUCCUGGAAGACCUGUCUGAGGAACAAAGCUUUCAGAUUAGCUAUCUUGAUAUUGAUGAGCGCAGUCUGAGUGGCCUGUACCAAUGUCUUGUGGAGCUUUCAACACAACCCACGACUGUAUGUCAUGGCUCUGCCACCACAAGAGAAGCAGCCCGGGCAAACGCUUCACACAAUGCUCUGCAAUAUCUCAAAAUCAUGGCUGGCAGUAAGUGAAUGUAAAGAUGGCAACCAAAAACAGCUUAAGCUUUUAUCAGUCAUUCAAGGACUCGAGACCACAAGAGCCUAAGCCCCCCCUAGUAUGUGCACCCCAAAAAUAGUUCCAAUGGAAUGGGAUUAGUAGUGGCUUAAAAACUGAGCUGCUUCUUCAGAAACCUACCGCAAACUCUCCAUCAGAUGUUACUGAGGUUGAGUUUGUGGUAGAUUCUUUUUUUUUUUCUGGCAUCCACCACAACUUUUAUGCUGUCACCUGUCUUUUUGAUACACCUCAGCUAGUUGUUGGGUGAAAAUACUCAGUCCCAUUGAUAGUAUUGGAGGGAGAAAGGUGGGGGUUCCUCCACAUGCUUGAUUACGUUGCACGGGUUCCUAUUUAUUUUUGCAGCCUUUUAUUUUGAUGAAUGUUCAUCUUAUGGGUGACAUGUUUUGUAAAGUGCUUUUUGGCACUUAGUUCAGUUGUCUGUAAUUUACCUCAAGCAUAAGCACAGUGGAUCAAAGAAGCUCAAGGAUACAAGAUCUACUGUGAUGGAUGCAACCAGAAACAUGGAAACUGUAUUGGACACUUGAAUAGCUUAUAUAAAUUUGUUUGAUUAAAACUUUUAUUUUACGUUUUCUACCAAUUACGUAAAACAAAGAAAAAAUGUCUUGGCUGCUGUGUGCAUCCUUUCCCCUAGUAUUAUUUACUGUGCAGGACUGUGUUGAAACAGUCCUCAUCCCUGUUUCAGGUUUAAAAAAAAAAAAAUGAAUUGGUGAUUUUUUUUUUGAAGUGUAUUCAUUUCAAUGCAAAACUGCAAUUGUUGAUGUAAAUAAAAAUAAAUAUUUGGAAGCAAAA